GUCGCCUGAGCGGUGCCAGGGGAAUACCCACUCGGCACAUGCGGUCAUGCGCAUCAGCAAACUUCCAGCCAGCCUGCAACUUGUCGGUACAGUAACUCCGGCGUUCGACCAGCCAUGCACUUCUGCUCUGCCGCUGCAAACUGUUUGCCGUCUACUUGGGGUAUGGGCGUCAGCUGCACCCUACAAGACCUCGCCAACCUGCCCAAACCCGGAUUUUGGGCAGAUUUCUACAGUGAGUACUGCACGGGCUGGAGCCACACGAGGCGCUGGUGGACUGGUGGUGGACUUGGGCCAGUUGGGACUUUGGGAGGUGGUGGUGCAGUUUAGCCCCGACGCCACCCCCAUCAGCACCUAUAUGGUGGCCACGGCGGCUUGGGAGCAGGCGAAGCAGGCGGCGCAGCCUGUACAGGCGCAGUGGGUGUCGGCUGACAGCAUGCAGCAGGCAGCCAAGGCGGCGGCGGCCGAGGAGAAGGCGGCGGCCACGGAGCAGCGGGCAGCCAAGGCGGCGGCGGCCGAGGAGAAGGCGGCGGCCAAGGCGGCGGCCAAGGCGGCAGCCAAGGCGGCGGCGGCCGAGGAGAAGGCGGCGGCCGCGGAGGCGUUCAGGCAGCGGCAGGCGGCGUUCCUGGAGGCCUUCAGGCAGCAGCAGGCGGGGGAGAAGGCGGUCAAGCGGCCUCGGCGUUGAAUCGGCAGUGGAAGCGUCGCUAUCGGGGCCGGCGAAGCAAAUCGGGAAUCGCUUC